UGUGUUCACGUGUGUCUUUCAAAUGGUCAGAUUCAAACCACGCCAUCCCCUCAGUCCCCGCACAGCUUUUAACACGCUGAAAUAACGGCUCCUCUGGCAGCUGACUCUCCCAUACUGUGGGCUUUUUUUUUUUUUUCUUUUUUUUCCCCAAGUUGAGACGCACGCACACACAUGCACAUACGGUCAUCACCCUCCUAUUCUUCUCCACACAGUGGCAGGAAGUUGUCCAGAUAUCCGCAGGGCCUCUGAAAAAAAAAAAAAAAAGAGCGAGUGAACAAAGUGGGCCGGGUGGUGGUGGUGGUGGUGGAAGGUGUUGGUAGCUGCGGCGGUGAUGGAAUCAGGCGACUUCACUUAGAGUUAACGGUUCAUUGUGAACAGCGGGACUUAAAGGGACACCACGGAGCUUUACAACAGUGUCAAACCCUGUGAGUCCCAGCUGAGCUGCCUGAGGUCAGACGCAGGUUUACCAAACAGCUGGACUGGACUGCUGAGCGGAGACGGACGGGCUGACAGCUGGUGACCUGAAGAUGUUGCCUCUGAGGACGCUCGUUCUGCUGGGACUGAGCUGGACGUGUCUCGCUGCGCCUAGUGAUCCGUGGGGCCAUUGUCCAGCCAACAGAAACUGUGACAUCAAGUUUAAAGACGGAAAAUGUAAUGAAGAGUGUAGGGAGCCCGAGUGUCUCCGAGACGGCUUCGACUGCGAGCUGCCCCGGGGCCACUGCAAUCCGGGUCACACCCAGUACUGCCGCGAUCACUACGCCAACUCCCACUGUGAGCAGGGAUGCGACAGCGCCCCCUGUGGAUGGGACGGCAGCGACUGCUUCAAAGACCAGAGCCCCAGUUGGGCCAAAGGCACCCUGGUCCUCCACGCCAGAGUCCCACAUCAACACGGCACCUUCACCAACAUCUCCCUGCUCUGGGCUGCCAGUGUCCUCCUCCAGUCGCCAGUAAUACUGCGAGGCUCCGCCCCCCUCGCCACUCACAGGAACUUGUUUGAUUUUGACCAUCAGCAGCUUGCCAACAUGCUGACUCAGGCAUCAGCGGAUGACUCCGAUGGCUCCCUCCUUUUCCUCCAAGUGGACAACAGGCCGUGCAGCCGUCUGCUCUCUACCUGUUUCCCCUAUGCCACCGAGGCAGCAGGUUUCCUGAGUGCCGUCAGGAAGCAGAAGCCUCUCUUGUUCUCCUCCCUGCCGGAGCUGUCGGCCAUCAUCAAUGUAAGAGGCGUCCGAGAGGAAAUAGGAAACAGAGAGGAGGAAACCGAGAAAAAGGAAGUCAAAGAGCCGACCCCGGCAUGGAUAUGGGCUGUGAUCGCCAUCGCGAUCGGGCUGCUGCUGGUGCUCCCCCUGCUGGUGUUCUUGGUGGUGAGGAGGGUGAGGCAGCGGCGGGCGGAGAGGGGAAGCAGUAGCAGGGUGAGACACCGCUCCACAGUCACCGACAGUGACCCCAAAUCCAAGGCCUUGGUGGCGCACGCAGCCCACCAGGAGCAGAGGGUCCGAUCCAGCCGAGAGAAAGAUAAGAUCAGCUUGAGGAAAAAGAAGAAAGCGAAGGAAGCGGAGAAGAAGAGAAGGAGGGAACCGCUUGGGGAGGAUGCCAUCAGAAUGCGACCUCUCAAGAGGGACCAGGAUAUAGGAAGUGACACAGACUUUACCCAGAGUUCAAUGGAAGACAUCAACGCGCGAUGCUCCAGGCGGCAGGAGGACGCCUCCAUCUGUGACCACAGGACUCAGGAGCAGAAACACUACCGGGCGGGAGGCUCACAGCCCCACAGAGCAAUACAGCCUCCACCUAGAGGAUGGGAGAGAACUGCCAUGCCUCCUCCUCUGCUCAGCCCUCCGCAGCAGUCUGCAGAGUGGUGCGGCCCCGAUGGGUCUGUGGUUCUGAUCCGAGCGGUGCGAAGCGGGCUGGACAGGGUGGUCUUAGAGCUGCUGCGAGCAGGAGUUCCUGUCAACAACACUGAUCAUACUGGGAGAUCAGCCCUGCACUGGGCAUCCUCAGUAAACCACCUCUCGCUAACAAGGACCCUCAUUCGCUAUGGGGCUGCUGUGGACCUGCAAGACAACAAGGGCGAGACGGCGCUCUUCCUCUCUGCCGUUCACGGUUGCUAUGAUACAGCCAGACUCCUCCUCCUUCACGGCGCCAACCUCGAGCUGCACGAUCGCAGAGGACGUCGUCCGAUCGACAUGGCCAGAGAAGGCAUGCAUCACCAGGUCAUGGAGCUCCUCCUGGCUCACCAGAUCCAGAGAGGGCCCGUUCCCGUGGAGUCGACCAAUGACAUGAUGUGGGAGGAGCGCGCUCUGAUGUACUCGCCAUGGGUCGGAUCACAAGGCCUGCCUGGAAGAAGCGCCUCCUUCUCUGGGAUCAUAGCGCAUCGAGAUAUGACCCCGCCUCCACAAAAUGAUUGGUCGAUGAGCCGCGUGCAGUACCCUGCCCCUCAGAACUGGCGGCCACAGCUCAACCAAUCAGCAACAGCGCUGGUCCCUCCAAGAAUCAUGGGCCGCUCGCCUCGGCCAAUCAGCACCUUACAGGAGGUGACCUCGGAAGACGAGGACCGCGACAGGCACCAGGAAGUCCCCAGAGCUGCGACGCCGCACUUCCUGUCGCCGCAGCCCGCCCCCCGGCAGCGCUCCUUCUCUUGCACCCAGCAUGCAUUGCAGCGUCGGUCCAGCAACCACCAGCCAGAGCCUAAUUAUAUUAUCGUGACAGACAGAACAGCCAAUGAGCCCAUAGAAAGAGUGGUCGUUUCCCCUCCCACGGACGGCGCCAACCAGCCAGAACGCCCGCCGGUUGUAAACGGCACCAAUCACAGCAGAGCAGAACCGACAGCGGUGAGUUCAGUCAGUUCAGAGCAGAAAUCCAGAGGUGAGAGGUUAAACAACGCCGCUGACUCCACACAAACAGCCCUGUAGAGAGCAGAGGGAGGCGACAACAUGUCCGCUGCCUUUUCUGUCAGCCUGUAAGAACGUGUGAAGGAGAUGAUGACUUAACAUGAAGCCGUACUAACAGAGAGGCACUGAGUUUGUUGUACAGUAAAGUGUAUUUUGUUGUUAAGCCCAAUGAGAAAAUAGAAAAGCUUACAAGAAAGCCCAACGCUGAAGAGAACCCAACCUCGAUUUACUGUUACUGUCAUGUUGGGACCUUAAAGGAACAGUUCGACCAAAAAUAAAAGAGUAGGGGGGUGAUUAGAUAAUGACUGGAUUUGUAUUUUUGGGUGAGCUGUUCCUUUAAUUAACUUCUCAUUUGUUAGAUCCCUGUUAAAUUAAAACACAGCAGCUCUUGGAGAUGUUCCUUCCCAAACCUCCUUCCCAGUUUUAACUCAUCUUUGUCUAAAUUAUUAUUGUAUGUUUCACUAGAGGGGGAGAAGAUUGUUCCUUGUACAUUUUGUUGUUCCCCGGCACAGUCAGAAAGGUGAUGUAACAACCCGACUGAGAUGAUGCUGUGAAAUACUGUAUAUAUUGACAUUGUGUUGACAUCGCGGCAGGUUGUAUCCUGAUUAUUAUGGAAACAAUCGUGGAGAAAUUUUAAUAUAACAUUUAAAAGAAUACAUGUGCAUGGUUGCACAGAGAGGUCAGAUUUGUUCUGAUACAUGUAAUAAAGUGACUUUCUAUGCAAAUAAUAAAAAGGAUCUUUCAGUUUAUUAUUUAAAUUCACUUCCAUUUCUUUUGUAAUUCCUUGUUUUCCCUCUUCGAUAACUAAAGCAAUGUAGAAGAAAACAUACAAUAAAUAAGUUCCUCAGAAUCAUGACACAUAAUAAGAUGACUGGAAAGAAUAACGGAUAAAUACUAAUAGAAUUAAUGAUGUUUG